UAUUAUGGCUGAUUCAAAAUCGGUGGCUGCCUACAAUUAUCUACCAGAUGAAGAAGAAAGCAUUGAUGAUCUCAAAAAUAGCAAAUUUAAAGCAUUUAAUAAUGAGGGUAACCAGAAUCAGAAUAAUGAUACACAUGAAAAUAGCAUUGUAAAUCAUCCUCAGAUGCAAUUUGGAUCACCAGUGAGCUACAUCGGUGAAAAUGAUUCUAAAUCUCCUCUCAAUCCAGGAAUUGCUAUUGGUCAACCAAUCCUAGUGGACCAAGAGAACAAUAACCAACAUUUUAAUCACCACAAUCUCCAUCGAGGCGCUCUUGAAGACCAAAUACACCAGAAUCAAAUUCUUGAAGCUGCUGGUCAGAACAGACGUCAAGGCAUAAAUGACGAUGCCGAAAGAGCAAGAUCUAGAACAAGGACAAGCAAGAUAUUCACGUUAUGCUCAGUUCUCAUCGUGUUUGUAGCACUUGCCAUUUAUGUAGUUGUUAGUGUGUCUUAAAUAUUAAUCAAUCCUGGC